AUGGCGAAGUCCACCCGCUCAAAGUGGAAGAAGGCGCACCGCCGUCAGCGUGCGCAGUUGGAAGCGGCAACAGUCUCAAAACGCAUUGGCCGCCUUAAUGGGAAAUUGAAACUCGCGGCGGAGGGCGGUUUGAGUGAGGUUCCGCUGCAGGAUCCCGAGACACGUUUUCAUUUUGUGAACCCCCAAAUGGACCAUAACGUCCCGCACACAUGCAAGGGCCUCAAUAAUAACUACGAGCAACUUAUACGGGAGUCGCCUGAUUUCAACAAGCCACUGAAACUUAAACCGCCAACCACUAAUUACUACGGUAAGAGCAACCCGGACGCUCCACAUCCCGUGACGUGCCAAUACGAAGUUAUCAGCGCCACAACUCCCGUAGCGGGUCACGCCCUCUCCGUUGAGGAUGUUGCGCGUAUGACCAAAGAGCAAGUGGAACAUAACCAAUCGAAACCUGAAGAGGCCCGCAAUGAUAAAGGGAUGAGGACUGAGGAAAAUGAAGAAAAUGAUAUGGAAGAGUUUGUGUUGGGGUGUAAUGACGCAGCGAAAGAAACGACAGUUAAGACGAAGGCUUUGUUAGCGGGUAAAACGACAAUCAGUCCGUUACCGAAGAAAAGCAGGAAAGCCCCAGUAAAGUCCGUAACAACUGCCUUGAAGCGGAAUGGACAGUUGAGGAGCUCCAAAGAAAAGAAGAAGGUGCAGUGGAGGUAA